GGUGCUUGUCCUUGGGAAUGUCAACCCCGCGGUGAGACCCGAAGUGUCGGCGGCGGCAGAGCUGCACGUGGGUACAGCGCGGAGCUGCGGAGAGGAAAGCUGCGGUUACUUCUCAUCCAUCGCUGACCUUGUGAUAGAUUGGCUAUUCUUGAUCAUGCCAGCCUCAACAGGAUCCUGGAUAUAAAGUACUUGCUUGGCACUUUGGUGAUGGGCUGCUCUCUGCAUUUCCAGCGGUGGACAAAAGAGAGCCUGAUGCUCUGGUAGAAUUCAGCUUAGCCAUUCUAUCCAUGAUGAGUGCUUCUACAUUAUGAACAAGAGUUAUUAACAACACAGCUGGACUCUCCAUCAGUUUCCACCAGCCACUACUUUUUUCAAAGGUGCCAGCACUUGUACCAUGCCAACCAUGAAGUUUACUGUGGCGGACUAUGCUAUUUUUGUGCUGCUGCUAGUCUUCUCUGUAGGGAUAGGACUCUUCUAUGCACUGACUGGUGGGAAGCAGCGCACUGUCCAAGAAUUUCUACUGGCCAAUCGUAGCAUGACUUUCUUACCACUGGCUUUUUCAUUACUUGCCACUUUCCAGUCAGCUGUGGCCAUUCUUGGCGUCCCCUCUGAAAUCUAUCGCUUUGGGACUGAAUACUGGUUCCUUGGUUGCUCCUAUUUUCUGGGGCUUCUUAUCCCAGCUCAUGUCUUCAUCCCAAUCUUCUAUCGCCUGCGACUUACCAGUACAUACGAGUAUCUGGAGCUGCGUUUCAACAAGGUGGUGAGACUAUGUGGAACAGUCACCUUCAUCUUCCAGAUGGUGAUAUACAUGGGAGUGGUCCUUUAUGCCCCAGCCUUGGCUCUCAAUGCAGUGACCAACUUUGACAUCUGGGCUUCAGUGCUGACCAUAGGCUUAAUCUGUACCCUCUAUACUGCCCUGGGUGGACUCAAAGCUGUGAUCUGGACAGACGUGUUCCAGACCUUUGUCAUGUUUGCAGGACAGGUGGCUGUGAUUGUAGUGGGUACUGUUAAGGUUGGCGGCAUAGAUCGUGUUUGGAAGCUGGCUGCUGACAAAGGCAAGAUAUCAGGCAUUGAUCUGAAUCCUGACCCUUAUGAACGACACACCUUUUGGACUCUGGCUUUUGGGGGCGUAUUCAUGAUGUUGGCUCUCUAUGGGGUAAACCAGGCUCAAGUCCAACGGUAUCUAAGCUCCCGUUCAGAGCGCCACGCUGUGUUGUCCUGCUAUGCAGUGUUCCCCUGUCAGCAAAUUGUGCUCUGCCUCAGCUGCCUCACUGGCUUAGUCAUGUUUGCCUACUACCAAGACCAUCAGUUGACACAGGAGCAGCUCAACGCUUCACCUGAUCAGAUGGUCCUCUACUUUGUGAUGGAUGUGCUUCAAGAUGUGCCUGGCUUGCCUGGUCUCUUUGUAGCUUGUCUCUUCAGUGGCUCCCUAAGCACCAUCUCCUCAGCCUUCAAUUCACUGGCAACAGUGACCAUGGAAGACCUGAUUCGCCCAUAUGUGACCAACAUUCCUGAGAGACGUGCCACACUCUACUCCAAAUUGUUAGCUCUGGGCUAUGGUCUUCUCUGCCUGGGCAUGGCUUACAUCUCCUCCAUGAUGGGUCCAGUGCUACAGGCUGCCAUCAGCAUCUUUGGCAUGGUGGGAGGACCAUUGCUGGGACUAUUCUGCCUGGGCAUGUUCUUUCCUUGUGCCAACUCUGUGGGUGCUGUAGUUGGAUUAAUUGCUGGGCUGGCCAUGGCAUUUUGGGUGGGCAUUGGAAGCAUGGUUAUCAACUACCAGUCUGUGUCUCCUAAUCCCACUGUUUUAGCAACGGAUGGGAAUCUGACUACUGCUGUCAUGACAACAUUGUUGACCUCAACAACAGCUCCAGAAAGGCUCACAGGGUUGCGGAAGUUUUACAAUUUAUCAUACAUGUGGUACAGCGCACACAACUCUACUACGGUUGUUGUGGUAGGGCUGCUAGUCAGUCUUCUCACCGGCCCAACACGUGGAAAGGAUGUCAAUCCCAAAACGAUUUUUCCAGUGCUGCCGCGAUUACUUUGCUGUUUGCCUGCAAAGUACCAUGAAAUGCUCCGUUGUGGAGUACGUGACCCUGCAGAGGAUGCUAGUUGCUCAGACCCAACCUCUUUGGGAGUGGAGAAAAUCAACAAUGGUUUGGCAAAUGGAUUGCCAAAAGGCCUGCCUUCCGGAGUCAAUACAGAGGAAGCUGAAGCACCUGAAGGAUUCUCCCGGGUAGAUGGAACUCAUACUUAUGUCUUGCAGGAGACUACCCUGUGAACUGUACGGAACAAAGAGACUAGUGGGGAAGCACAGCAGGGAUCUGUUUUGAUCCAGGUGAGGAAUCCCAGAAUUCCUGGUACUAAAAACAUUCCUUGUCAUCUUGGCAUAUCAUCUACUGAAUCCUGGGUUCUCUUACACAACCUUGGAUGGUUGCCAGGCCAGUCAGUCUAUCCCUUUUGGACAAUGUUCUCUCCUGUUUGUGGAAUGUUUUUCUUCCAGGCUUUUUCUCCUGCUCUUUCCAUCUCAUGUGCAUGUGCCAAAUUCUCUGAGAGAUAGCUAGGUACUUCUUCCCCCAUUGGAUACUUCAUGUCCAAUGAGCCAUGGUUUAUUUCCAUGGUUUAUUGACCCUACUAUUAUCCUUAAAGAUCCAAUCUCUUUUUUCCACUUGUAUUUAUACCUUUUGUCAGGUGUAAAGGUGGGCUAACAAAAAAAAAGCCAUUUUAUCAUAUAAUAGUAUCCAGCUGCUGUUGGGAUCCCAGACCCAUCUUUCUCCCUUGAAAUGUCUUGCAGCAUCAAGCUACCAAAGGAAGGGCUGGAUCUAGCCAACAUAGGCUCUCCACAAGUCUAACCAGCAGGGACAGAGGAGAGCCUACAUGGAUCCAUUCCUAACUCUAGCACUUGUGAGGGUAUUUUGGGAGCAUAGACAUUCAUAUGUUCCUGGUGUCUCUUGUCACAAAGAAUGUGACUCCUGUUCUCUAUAAGGCUUUGCCUAAAAGCCAGUUUGUUCUGUUUCUGUACUCUGUAUUUUAUGUCUGUGAGAAAUGUAUAUUUUCCUAAUCCUUGUCUUUCUGACACUUGGCAAUUAUUUUUGCUGUCAGUAAAAAUGGUUAUUGUU